AUGUCUCAUUGCUCUGACAACGCAUCCAGCACUUGCACCGAGAGCACGGAAGUGCCGGACGUCUGGGAGUUCUACUCAUCAGAGGCAGUCCAUUCUGAACCGAAGGCCCUGGCUAUUGUAUCGAGUCCCCAGGGCAGCCCCAGCCUCAUCGACAUAGAUUCUUGGAUCGACAGUAUUCCUCAGACUGGCAAGAUGGCGGCCAAUGUGGCCGCCGACGCCGACGGCCUUGCGGACACAUUUCAGCACCUUUCACUUGGAGAAGGGGAUGCUCGCGAGACGAGUGUACAGCUCAAACAUCAGCACACUGCUAUCCAAGCGAAUCGAACUAUUACAACGGAUGACAACACCGAACUUCAGAUGAACGCAUCCACGUGGCCAACAGACCUCUCCGAGGAUCUUCUCAGCAUGUCCAACUUCGCGUCCUCGGCUGGAGAUCAUCUUCCGAACGCCUCCUCGCAAACCCAGAGCAACACAACGAUGCCAGUCGGCAGGACGUUCGCCUGCCCCUUUGGGCGCCUCAACCCGAUCCGCUUUCGCGAAUGCGAUACCGUGCGUCUAACGCGCCCGGGUGCGGUGAAACAGCACCUACUCCGGUACCACGAAAACGACCUGACCGAGAAUCAACGCCAACAACUCCAUCUGAGGCCCCAUGGGCGUCUGUCGCAUGCCGAGCAGUGGAAUGCUGUCUGGCAGAACGUGUGCCCUGGUAGGAGGCUGCCAGAGUCGGCCUACCGGGAUGAGUUCCUGGCUGAACAGGUGCUUUCGCUCAGGGAUUUCGCCCGGGGUCAAAACCUGGCAGUGACAGAUUUUGAGGCUCUGAUGGCGCAAUGGAGAGCGGAGAUGCGCAGAAUAGUUUAA